AUCAGUGCACGCGAACGAAAGAGGUCAAUCGGUUUGAGGUCGUUAGCGGACCGAGAGGUGUCUUCUAGCUCGACGUCGAAAAUGGCGCACAUGAUCCGAUCCAAGUUCGUACUCUUAUCACUGAAAUACGCAAAUCGUGUCGCGCAACGUAUCUCCUCACCCACAAUAUAUCAUCGAUUAUGUUUUCACACCAGUGGAAUCCUCGACGUGAAGGGAAAAGAAAUGUUGAUGCCUUCUUUGUCACCUACUAUGGAAACUGGCACUAUAGUUAAAUGGAUUAAAAAGGAAGGUGACAAGAUUGAACCUGGUGACGCUGUUGCGGAUAUUCAAACCGACAAGGCUGUGGUUACGAUGGAAUUUGAAGAUGAAAGUAUAUUAGCAAAGAUAAUUGUGCCUGAAGGAACCAAGGAUGUUAAGGUAGGAACUCUGAUAGCUCUCACUGUUGAGAUUGACGAGGACUGGAAGACAGUAGAGAUGCCAGAUGGUGCGACAGCUCCCGAGGCAUCUGUUGAUAAACCAGCUGCUGCCCAACCACCGAGCACUCCAGCCACAACUCAAGCAGCAGAACCACCACCUGGCCAGCAAAAUAUUCCUAUGCCUGCCCUCUCACCAACAAUGACAACAGGCACGAUUGUAAAAUGGCUAAAGCAAGAAGGUGAUGAGAUACAACCAGGCGAUGCGUUGGCAGAAAUACAAACAGACAAAGCUGUAAUGACUUUUGAACUAGAGGAUGAAGGCGUACUUGCAAAAAUUCUUAUUCCAGAGGGAUCUCAAGUAGAAGUAGGACAGUUGAUUGCUAUCACAGUUGAGAAAGGUAUGGAUUGGAAGCAAGUUGUUGUGCCAACAUUGACUAAACCAUCAGCAGCAUCUGCACCACCACCACCGCCACCACCACCAAGUUCAGCUCAACCAACUGCACCGGCUGGUGCAAAACCACCACCGAGUGGACAAGUAUACGGUUUGGCGGUGAAAAGACUGCUGGAAGAAUACGGUCUCAGUUCUGGCUCGAUCAAAGGCACCGGGCGUACAAAUCGUCUACUGAAAAGCGACGUUCUCGCAUAUAUUCAAGCGCACAAUAUUGGAAAAGUCACGCUCAAGGCCGAAGAAGUUCCAACGGCUGCUAAGGCGCGUCCUCCUAGUCCGUCGGAGACGCACGUCCUCACUGGUAAGCCGUCUCCGUACGAAGAUGUUGAGAUCUCCAAUAUUCGUGCUGUUAUCGCUAAACGGCUAGGAGAAUCAAAGAGUACCAUACCGCAUUCUUACGCGGCUAUAGACAUAAAUAUCGACAAGUUGAUCGAGCUUCGCGGGAAACUCAAGACGGAGGAUAUCAAUGUAUCGAUUAACGAUUUCGUCACCAAAGCUGUCGCUUACGCGCUUGUCGAGUGUCCUGAUAUAAACACGUUAUAUCAGAACGGACAAGUGGUUCGAGUUCCAAAGAUCGACGUAUCCGUAGCGGUAGCAACGCCGUCAGGUCUCAUCACUCCGAUAGUAUUUGAUACCGUCGGCAAGAGUUUGACAGACAUCUCGAAAAAUGUUCGGGAAUUGGCCGAGAAAGCGAGGAAAAGUCAACUAAAGCCUCAUGAAUUCCAAGGAGGCACAUUUACGAUUUCUAAUCUCGGAAUGUUUGGAAUCAAAGAGUUCUCCGCCAUCAUAAAUCCGCCGCAAACCGCUAUUCUUGCUGUAGGCGCUGGACGUGAAGAAUUAGACUCCUCGUUAACGAAAGUAACAAGAAUGACGGCAAAGUUGUCGUACGACAGACGAGCAAUCGACGAGGAUCAAGCGGCUGACUUUUUGGCUGUUCUGAGAUCUAUGCUGCAAGACCCUAGUUUCUUAGUCGCUGGUAAAAUACCGGCACUCAGGUACAAGCGUGAUAUUUAUUAAUAAUUUCCCAACGAAACGGCCAUCCUGCGUUUAUUACAGAAACAGCUUGUUCUACCGUUUGAUCGAUGAGAAGUUUCCUUUUCCUUUUUAUGCAAUGUCGUUGCUCGUCUUCUUGGAAGAAAGCAUUUGUGGAAUGAUGCACGAGCUCGAUGUCAACAGUUUCGUUAAUUACACAGUGUACAUACAAGAAACGAUAUCGUCACUGCGUAAAGCUACGCAGUACACAUAAAUUAUUAGCUGUUUUUGUAGCAAACGUCAAGAUUCCACUUUAGUUGGCGUGAUUUCUGUCUUUACGUGCCACAUACGUCGUCGGAACUAUAAACAAGGAAAAACAUGAUUCAUAUGAUACUUAUUGAAAUUAAUGUUGCGCGUUGUUGCUGUUGUUGUUAAAGUUCAACCGGUGAGAAUGCAAUUUUUAUACGUGUUUACUGCCGCUGAAAGAUAAAGAUAUUCGCUGCGACCGAUAUUACCCACACAUGUUUUUAACGCCGUUUACUUAAGAGAAUACAAGUUCACUUAAACUGCCAAAAGGUACAUAAACACACGAGAAAGAGAUAUAUUUCUUGAAAGACGUACGAAUAUUAAAUGUUACAUCUGUGAUUCUCAACGCAUUCUUCAUCCAACGAUUUACCUGUGAAAUUAAUCGGAGUCGUUAGGAUCAAAAGUCUCGAACGACGGAUAAUAAGAAUGUCCACUGCUGUAUAUCUAGAAUUUUGUAAAUAAUUAGAGCGUUUAUAAUUAUGUGUAAGUCUUCUUUUGUAAGUAUGUAGGAACUUUGUAAACCGUCUUGCAAAGGUACCUUCUUCAAAUUUAGCCAAAUCUUCAUCGUGCCGUCGCGACGGAUGUUUCAAGAUAAG